ACAGCGGCGCGCCACAUUCAAGAGUUUCUAGCGCCGUAAUCUUUCCCGGGGUGUAAAUUUGUAAUAUAUUGUUAUUUAUUUUAUUUUUCUGUAAUAUUUUUAAACUGUAGCGUAUUUACAUAAACAUGGACUGUGUAGAUUUCCCAAGAGUUCUUCCAAAUUCACCGAGAAAGGCACGAGGACAAAUUCAGGUCAUCUUUGGACCCAUGUUUUCAGGCAAAAGCACUGAACUGAUGCGAAGAGUGCGCCGUUUCCAGAUAGCCCAGUACAACUGCUUGGUGAUCAAAUAUGCCAGAGACACACGUUACUCGGACACAGGCAUGGCCACACAUGACAAAAACACAAUGGAAGCCGUGCCAGCCAGUUGUCUGGGAGAUGUGCGACAUCUGGCGUUGCAAGCCUGUGUCAUUGGAAUCGAUGAAGGACAGUUUUUUCCAGACACAGUGGAGUUUUGUGAAGAGAUGGCCAAUUUAGGGAAGACAGUCAUCGUAGCUGCUUUGGAUGGAACCUUCCAGAGAAAGCCAUUUGGGAACAUCCUGAACCUCGUCCCUCUGGCGGAGAGCGUAGUGAAGCUUCAUGCCGUCUGCAUGCAGUGUUACAAAGAAGCUGCCUACACCAAGAGGAUAGGAGCAGAGAAGGAGGUGGAGGUGAUUGGUGGAGCUGACAAGUAUCAGGCGGUGUGUAGGAAGUGUUACGGGGGUCUGGUGGUGGACAAAGAGAACAGCGCUCCCUUCAGGAAUGAAACGCCACAACAAGCCCUCACAGGAAAACUCGUGGACUCUGCAGUGCCCAGGAAGCUUUUCUCCUCUCUCCACCUCUAAAGACUCGAAAAUAACUCUUGCAGGAGUUGAGCAGAGACUAUAAAUCUAUGAAUCAAAGGGUUUCUGUGUGUGGGAGCAAACAAUAAGUGGAAGGAAAAUGUAGUCUUUUAUCUCACAGUAACCUUUUUGUUUUCUGGUAUUUCAGGUACCUCCAGUUUCCUGCUAAACAUGGAUUAAUCAGCCCAGAUAACUUCCUUUAAACCUCUGUGUUUGUAUUAGGUGUCUAAUUGGUGCAGAAUAUUAUUCUAUGUAUUAAGUUUUUUAACUUGACGUGACAAAGCACUUGAUAAUAACCCUGAAAAUGAGUUGACCAAUGAGUAACUCACUGUCAUUGGUUUCACUACACUGGUGUUUGGAUUUCUUUCAACGUCUGUAACUGUAGCAAUAUCCUGUCAAACGAAAGGUUUUAUAUUAUUUUUGUUUAACUAAAUGUACUGUGCAUGUAUCAAUGCAUUAUUUUCUGCCAACAUUCAUAAAGAAGAGAUCCUCACUGGAAGGUUUGACUCAUGUACAGCAGGUCAGGAGUAGGGCUAUGUAUUGGCAAGAAUCUGGGGAUAUGAUAUGUGUCACAACAUGGGGUGACUAUUAAAUGUAUUUCGAUACUCUACACAAGGCAAUAUAUGAUUUUUUUUUUUUAAA